AGAUAUGAAAUGUUAUUUCUAGCUAUCCUUAUAAUCAUCGGGAUGGUAUUAGCAAUAGGAUCAGCAAAUUCACAAGAGUUGCAGAAAGUAUUACACACCAGCUGUGAUGAACUGAAUUGUGAAAAUGACAACCCCUGUCAGUCAGUGACCAAUGAUGGACCAACACAAGCCACAUGUUUCUGUCAGGGUCCCUGGACCGGAAGUAGAUGUGAAUUGGCGAUAAUUUUCAUCACAAAAAGUGUAACUGACGACAGUGUCGAAUUGGAAGUGAAAGGCCGGAAUUCAAAAAAUAUCUCAAAGAUUCUACAAUACCAUCAAAAAUAUACCAUUAGGUAUUGGAGUAACAGUACUGAGCAUGCGUGCAUGUUAGUUCAGGAUGUGGCGUCACCUACUCACGUCAUAGACGGUCUAUCUCAGUCUGUUCAGUAUACUUUCUGUGCCGAGACCGGAAUUGUGGAUUUUUGCGAGGUGCGUUCGUUUGGCUCUGGAUUACCGUCCAAUUGUGUUUCUGUUCUAACAUUGAAUGCAUAUGACCAAUCAGAGUCUUCGGAGUUCUUCAAUGUUGGAGUCUCAUUAAUCGUUGUAUUCAGUGUUCUGAUUUUCAUCACGAUCGUUGUCAUAGUUUUAGUCAAGAAAUAUCAACCGUUAACGUUCAACGUCCUAUUGCGCCUUUGUUUUUGUUGUAGCAUACAGUCACAGCAUGAGUUUUCUAGUCAUAAUGACCAAUCUAGUGUAUUUACGUCCACGGACACUCCCAUCUAUAAACGAUCAAAACGAAAAGGGUUAUCUUCCUCUAAAUCUAAAACUAAAUCUCGUCUCGCAAAGCGCGCCAAAGAUUAUGGCGCGGAAGGAGGAAAUCAGACGUUAACGACUUUAAUAGAGGAUACUGAAGAUCCAGUUGUUAUUGAAACUAGUCUUGUGGAGGUCGAGCCAUUGGCUCAACAACAUAUUGUUUAAUUCGUCCAGUGUCAAUCACAUAAAGUAUUUUGUCAAAUAUAUAAAUGAUUC